GGGGCCUCUUGGGCUCGGGACUGGGGGUCUCGGCUGGCGGAGGAGGAAGAUGGCGUCGUCAAGGCUCGGAGUCGGGUCGCGCGGGCUCCCGCCGCCGCCGCCGCCGCUCUUGCUGCUGCUGCUGCUGCUGCUCGGGCCCUGGCCGGCGGCGGGCCACGGCGGCAAGUACUCGCGGGAGAAGAACGAGCCCGAGCCGCCGCCGCAGCGCGAGCCCGGCGGGGAGUUCCGCAUGGAGAAACUCAACCAGCUGUGGGAGAAGGCCCAGCGGCUCCAGCUCUCCCCCGUGAAACUGUCCGAGCUCCACGCAGACCUGAAAAUGCAAGAGAGAGAGGAGUUCGCCUGGAAGAAGCUGAAGGCUGAGGGCCUCGACGCAGACGGAGAGAGAGGAGCCAAGCUCCUACGCAACCUCAGCGUGAUCCUGGCCAAGUACGGCCUGGACGGCAGGAAGGACGCCCAGGCCGUGAACAGCAACUACCUCAGCGACACCGCCGAGGACGACAGCCUGGGAGACCCCAAGCUGGAGAAGCUGUGGCACAAGGCGAAGAGCUCGGGGAAGUUCUCCAGCGAGGAGCUGGCCAAGCUGUGGCGGGAGCUCCAGCACCACAGGGAGAAAGUGCGCGAGUACAACGUCCUGCUGGACGCCCUGAGCAGAACGGAAGAGACCCGGGAGAACGUCAUCAGCCCGUUGGACGUGAGCCGCGUCAAGGAGGACGUGCUGCACAGCAAGCACGCGGAGCUGAAGGACAGGCUGCGCGCCAUCAACCAGGGCUACGACCGCCUGCGCCAAGUCAGCCACCGGGGCUACGGCGCCGAGGCCGAGUUCGAGGAACCCCGAGUGAUAGAUCUGUGGGACAUGGCCAAGUCCGCCAACUUCACUGAGAAGGAGCUGGAGUCCUUUCGGGAGGAGCUUAAGCACUUUGAAGCCAAAAUUGAAAAGCACAACCACUACCAGAAGCAGCUGGAAAUCUCUCACCAGAAACUGAAGCACGUGGAGAGCUUCGGGGACCAAGAGCACGUGAGCCGGAACAAAGAGAAAUACGCCAUGCUGGAGGAGAAGACCAAGGAGCUGGGCUACAAGGUGAAGAAGCACUUCCAGGACCUGUCGGGCCGCAUCUCCAGAGCGCGCCACAACGAACUCUGAAGGCCGGGGAGGAGCGGGCGCCGGGCGGGGUCCGCCCAAGGACGGGCCCGGGCGCUCCGUGGCGGCGCUUGACGCGAACAGAACCUUGGAGGAGGCGUGCUGGGGACUGGCCGGGCGUCCGUGGUGCGGGAGGACGGCUCCGACUCCCCGAGUGCCCGAUGGGGGCGCGUCGGACUCGUGAAUCUGCCCCUGGAGAUACCGCGUCCGGAAAAACAUGUCGCGGGAUUUAAAUCGUCUGACGUGA